CCGCCAUCAUCGUAUACCCCAUAAUGUCGAACUAUGACCAGCUACAUCGACAAUGUCGGACCUUGGAGAAUCUGUUCGACGCGAAACUGACUUCGUAUUCACAACUCGCAAGUAAUUUGUCACGUCCGCAGGACGUGGAGGCCAGGGGAGCAACGGAACGGUGCAAGGACUUGGAAGUGGAAUUGGAUGACCUUUCCACCAAAUUGCAAGAAAUCAAUGACGAACUCGGGGAACUCGCUGCGAAGCCAGAGUUGUUAUCUGCUUCGAUGCUACGCACAAUCCAACGGCACCGAGAGCUUCACCAAGAUAAUGUUCGUGAGCUGAGGAGAACGAAGGCCAAUGUAAAGGCAGCCUUUGACCAAGCAAACCUCCUCUCUGGGGUUCGGAACGACAUAGACGCGUACAAGUCAUCGGCCGCCGACUCUCUGCUGGAGGAAAGAAGCAGAAUCGACAGUUCGCAUAGGAUGACGGACGAUCUUCUCGAUCAAGCCUAUGAAACACGCUCCGAAUUCGCAAGACAACGCAUGUCCCUCCAAGGAAUAAAUUCUCGAAUGCUGCACGUAAUUAACACCAUGCCUGGAGUGAACAACCUGAUAGCCAUGAUUAAAUCCCGACGCCGCAGAGACUCUAUCAUCAUGGGAGUUCUCAUAGGAGUCUGCACUAUCAUUCUUCUUACUUACAUUUGGCAUUGAGAUGGCGAUACAAUCCAUUAACCCAGUUGCAGGUCAGCAUAUGAAAUGGUCGAACCCGUCUACUACUCUU